UGUCCGCUGCCCGGGAGCCGGUCACAUGAGGGUCCGCUGACCGGGGACCAGCAUGGGAGAAGACCGCGGAGGAUCCGGGGACCUGAACCCGAACCUGCGGGGUCAGAGCACCGGGGACCCGGAGCUGGACGAGGCGGUGCACCGGUGGUUCACCUGGGACAAGAACCAAUGGACCCGGGCUCAGGUGGAGUCUCUUCUGGCCGAGGGUCAGUUUGACGAUCUGAGGACACGGCUCGGCAGCAGGAUGAGCUUCGGGACGGCCGGACUCCGAGCGCCGAUGGGAGCCGGGUUCAACCGGAUCAACGACCUCACUGUCAUCCAGUCCACACAGGGUCUGUGGUCCUACCUGUCCAGGCUCUUUGCUGACCUGGGCAGCCGAGGUGUGGUGGUGGGGUUUGACCCCAGGGGACAGGUCGAGAGCGGCUGUAGCAGUCAGAGGUUGGCCCAGUUAGCGGCUGCUGUGCUGCUCAGUAGAGACGUCCCCGUCCAUCUUUUCUCUACGUUUGUCCCCACGCCAUUCGUGCCGUAUGCUGUGAAGAAACUGGGAGCAGCCGCUGGAGUUAUGAUCACCGCUUCACAUAAUCCUAAAGAAGACAACGGGUACAAGGUGUACUGGUGUAACGGCGCUCAGAUCACCGCCCCUCAUGACAAGGAGAUCCUGCGGAGCAUCGAGGAGCAGCUGGAGCCCUGGAGCGCCUCCUGCUGGGACGAGGAGCUGGUGCAGCGCUGCUCCCUGAGGACCGAGCCCCUGACCCCCAUCACCAGCUGCUACAUGGAGGAGCUCGCCUCCCUCUGCUUCCACAGGGAUCUGAAUCGCAGCUGUCCUUUGAAGUUUGUCCAUUCAUCCUUCCACGGCGUGGGACACGUCUUCGUCCAGCAGGCCUUCCAGGCCUUUGGCUUCCAUCCACCAAUCCCUGUACCGGAGCAGAAAGACCCGGAUCCCAACUUCCCCUCCCUCCGAUGUCCGAACCCAGAGGAAGGCGAGUCGGUUCUGGAGCUUUCUCUUCUUCUGGCAGAGCGGGAAAACGCUCGGAUCGUCUUGGCAACGGAUCCUGAUGCCGAUCGUUUGGCUGUAGCAGAGAAGUCUGAUGGGUGUGGCUGGAAGGUGUUCACAGGUAACGAGCUGGCAGCUCUGCUGGGUUGGUGGAUGUUCUUUAACUGGAAGGAGACUCAUCCCGACCCCUCAGACACUGGGAGCGUUUACAUGUUGGCCACCACAGUGUCGUCCAAGAUCCUGCGCGCCUUGGCUCACACGGAGGGGUUCCACUUCGAGGAAACUCUUCCAGGGUUUAAAUGGAUCGGGAACAGGAUGCACGAACUCUCCAAAACAGGGCACACGGUCAUAUUCGCCUUUGAGGAGUCGAUCGGUUUCCUGUGCGGCAGUAUGGUCCCCGAGAAAGAUGGCGUGAGCUCGGCAGCCGUGGUGGCAGAAAUGGCUUCUUACCUCCACAACAAGAGCCUGAGUCUGAAGCAGCAGCUCCACAACAUCUACCUGACGUAUGGGUUUCAUGUGUCUAAGACCUCCUACAUCGUCUGUCACCACCCGCCCACCAUCCAGAAGAUCUUUGGUCGGAUCAGAAACUUUGACGGCGAGGGAUCGUACCCAAAGUCGUGCGGAGGCGUCAGUAUCGUCCAUGUCAGAGACGUAACCACGGGAUACGACAGCAGCCAGGCGGACCUCAGAUCUGUUCUUCCUGUGUCCAGGAGCAGUCAGAUGAUCACCUUCACGCUUCAGAACGGCGUGGUGGCCACACUGAGAAGCAGCGGCACGGAACCCAAGAUCAAAUACUACACAGAGCUCUGCGCACCGCCAGGGAAAAGUGACAUGUCCAGUCUGGAGGAGGAGCUUACAAAGGUGACGACCAAUCUGCUCGACGAGUUCCUGGAACCAGAGAGAAACAACCUGAUUCGUCGUUUUGUCUAACCCCACCUCCACGCACCUGGUCCCUCUCUGUGGUGUCACUUCCUGUUGUGUUAGCUCCUCUCUGUAGUGUCACUUCCUGUUGUGUUAGCUCCUCUCCUUAGUGUCACUUCCUGUUGUGUUAGCUCCUCUCUGUAGUGUCACUUCCUGUUGUGUUAGCUCCUCUCUGUAGUGUCACUUCCUGUUGUGUUAGCUCCUCUCUGUAGUGUCACUUCCUGUUGUGUUAGCUCCUCUCUGUAGUGCCACUUCCUGUUGUGUUAGCUCCUCUCUGUGGUGUCACUUCCUGUUGUGUUAGCUCCUCUCUGUUGUGUCACUUCCUGUUGUGUUAGCUCCUCUCUGUAGUGUCACUUCCUGUUGUGUUAGCUCCUCUCUGUGGUGUCAAUGAAGUUCAUGUCGGACUGAGGAAGAAGAAAGUGACCGAAGAUUGAGAACAUCAUGCAGAGAGGGAACUCAGCAGAGAGCAUGAUGGGAACUCGGCAGAGAGCAUGAUGGGAACUCAGCAGAGAGCAUGAUGGGAACUCAGCAGAGAGGGAACUCAGCAGAGAGCAUUAUGGGAACUUGGCAGAGAGCAUGAUGGGAACUCGGCAGAAAGCAUGAUGGGAACUCGGCAGAGAGCAUGAUGGGAACUCGGCAGAGAGCAUGAUGGGAACUCGGCAGAGAGCAUGAUGGGAACUCGGCAGAGAGGGAACUCAGCAGAGAGCAUGAUGGGAACUCGGCAGAGAGCAUGAUGGGAACUCGGCAGAGAGCACGAUGGGAACUCGGCAGAGAGCAUGAUGGGAACUCGGCAGAGAGCAUGAUGGGAACUCGGCAGAGAGCACGAUGGGAACUCGGCAGAGAGCUUGAUGGGAACUCGGCAGAGAGCAUGAUGGGAACUCGGCAGAGAGCAUUAUGGGAACUCGGCAGAGAGCAUGAUGGGAAAUCGAGUCCAUAGAAAAUAACAAAUGUGUUUUGAGGUGAAUGAAAAUGACAUUGAAACCUAAUGUUUGUUUUCCUGCAGUUUCUCAAUGUGGAAGUUGAUUAAUGACAAGUUUUAGGUUUUUAUAGCAGCCGGCUGGUGCCAAACCAUAUUUCAUCAGUUUUAAUUAUUCUAAUAUUAAAUUAUGAUACUCCAAUAAUUCUUAAAUACAUUCUCUAAAGGUAGUAAGAUGCUCAAAAAACAUGAAUGAAACUGAUUCUUUACUUUUCUGAAAAAAGAAAGCGAUCAAAUUAUAUCUUGUGUCAGAAAAAGCUUUAAAUCAAAGUCCAGCUUUGAUUAAAACGUGAUGUUUGUGUUAAACUGCUUCAGUUCCUAAUGAAUCUUUCAUCUGAUCAAAUAUGUAUCAAUAAUGAAGCUGCUCAUUAAGUGAACUCCAAAACGUUGAGAUUAGAUUGACUCUGCUCCACACACGGAGGUAAAGGCCUCUUUAAACUAACAGAAGCUUCUCUGUGGAUUUAAUUCAUUUUUGUACUCGACAGGUGAAAAGAUGAGCUGCUAGUGAAGAUGUGUUGCCAUGACGAUAGAGGCUUUUUCGGCUCCAUGUUGUUAUUUUCUUUAUGAACAGAGAGAAUCUUUAUUUUGAAUGUUUACGUCUCUCUCGGUCGUCAUGGAGAUUCCUCUGUGUAAAGUGCUUCUGUCAUCACCAUGGUAACUGUUUCCUCUGACUUGAAAUAAAUCAAAGUGAAAAUGAAA